AGAGAGAGAGCUAUACUAGGAAAAAAUUGGCAAAGACAAAGGACUGAACAGCCUUUAAAGGAAACAGGAAAGAGUGGAACCAGUUUAUACACCGGGUUAUAACAGUCCAGCCGUGAGACCGGCGGCGGGGAAAGCGACCAGGUGUCUUUUAGCAUCAGAUCCUUGUUGUAUCAGCUCCAGUGGAAGUGACGCUUCAUGAUCAGCAGCCUGGUGAUGGAAAGAACUGUGAAGCUAUAGGCUUGGUGACUGGAUGGAAAGAGCUGUCAACGCACACACACACACACACACACACACACACACACACACACACACACACACACACACACACACACACACACACACUAACACACUGAAGAUGGAGGAAGUGGAAACACACAGAGAGCAGCGGCAGUUUGAUUGACCACACGGCUGUGGUGGUGGUGGUGGAGGAGUAAUCUUUCGUUUGGGAGCAUCUGGAGUGUCUUUGUUUGCCGGUGAGCCCAUCUUGAGCUCCAGUUUUUUUACCCCCUCCCUCCUGUUGACCUUUCUGCACAUCUAUCCUUUAGAGAGAGAGCAGGUGUUAAACAGCCACAGGUCUCAUUUACCUUGCAACCCCCACCUCCCCCUCGGCCAUACAAAGAGACGCACAAGCUCCUCUCUUCCGAACGGCUGAGAGGUUGCCAUAGCAAUGGUUGUCAUGAUGCUGAUGUAGCAUCCUGAAGGUAGUAGUUGUGGAGGUAGUGGUGGAGCUGGAGGAGGUGGUGGUGGCGGCGGCGGCGGAGGUGGCAGCGGCAGCGGUGGUGAUCGUCCAGGGAUGGGAAGUGCUCCGUAUCCAGCUGGUGAGUGGAAGGGUAAGGGCCGAGGCGGCCUGCAAGAGCUGGGAUGCAUGCGCUGGAAGGUCAGCAAGCAGAAAGGAGGAGGAGGAGGGGAGGUGGUGGUGGGAGCGGAGGAGAGGAGGUGCAGGGGUCCCACGGAUUCUCAGCAGCAGCAACAGCAGGAUCUCUCGUCCUCCUCUUCCUCCCUCUCCCCUCCACUUCCUCCUCAACCCUCUCUGACACCUCCAGCCAUUUAUCACGAGAAGCAGCGGAGGGAGCUGUGUGCCCUGCACGCGCUCAAUAACGUCUUCCAGGACGGGACGGCCUUCAGUAGGGACACCUUGCAGGAGAUAUACCAGAGGCUUUCUCCUGGCACUCUGGUGACGCCUCACAAGAAGAGCAUGCUGGGAAACGGGAACUAUGAUGUAAACGUGAUAAUGGCAGCCCUGCAGACCCGAGGGUUUGAGGCAGUCUGGUGGGAUAAAAGAAGGGAUGUAGGCAGCAUCGAGCUGUCCAACGUGACAGGCUUCAUUCUAAACGUGCCAUCCAACCUGCGCUGGGGGCCUCUCCGGCUGCCGCUCAAACGCCAGCACUGGAUAGGAGUCAGAGAGGUGGGGGGAGUCUACUACAACUUGGACUCCAAGCUACGUAGCCCUCAACCCAUCGGCAACCCGGAUGAGCUCAGGAAGUUUCUACGCCAGCAGCUGCGAGGGAAGAACUGUGAACUCCUAUUGGUCGUCUCAGAGGAAGUGGAGGCACACCAAACAUGGCGGUCUGACGGCUAAGGGUUUUAACCAGCCGAUCGCGGCGCCAACUGGGCCAAGGGGGCCAAUCACAGAAUGAACAGGAGAUGAAGUUAAGCCGUGCACAGCCAACCACAUGGAUGCACACUUGCAGAUAUAUUUUCCCGUCUUUUUGGGGUUUUUGUUUACACAGCCAUUGCUGGACUCUUAUCUGAGAGGAUGCAAAGCAAUGAAGGAAGCAAACACUUUACAGGGAGAAUCAGAGAAUCACAGUCCUUUACUCACAACACAGUUAAGACUUAUAAGAAGUUACUAUUCUGUUUCUGCUUUUAUGUUUUUAUAUAUAUAUAUAUUGACUAUUUUUCAAUGUCAGUUUUUUUUUUUCUUUUUACUGUUCAAGUUUCCAAAGUCAUUGGAGCGCAAUGCUGUGUUUACCUGCUGUCUCCCUCAGUGAUCCUCCCUGCUACAGUCAUGAUGUUCACUGAUGCGUCUCCGUGUUUUCUGUCCCUCCCUUCACGUCGUGAAUCUCUCUGUCCGUCCACCCCCUCCCCGUCCUUCACUUUCACCAAAGCGUGCCCUUUCUUGCCUCAGUGUGACUCCAUCUCACUCCUCCUCUCUGCCCUCGUUUUCAUAUCACAGGUCAAAAUCAGUGAUUUAUCACUUUGCCAACUUUGUAUUUCAUCCACUUACCAAACACUUGUGGCGCAGUCUGAGCCUAUACUGUACCGAGGCUGUGCAGACACAACAGUUUUAUAUGCAACAAAGCAAUGCAACUCCCAGGCCGAGCACUCCAUCUAGUGGAUGCUUGCCUCUGUUUCCGUUCAAGGGAAAAAGUAACGGCAUCAUUCAUCUAGCAUUUUUGUAAUUGUUCAAAUAAUUACACGGUCCUCAUCAUUGCCAUAGAAAUGAAGCUGUUCAAACUUUCCUGUAGUGCUAAAACAGUAAGUUGAUUGAUUAUUUUAAAAAUUGAUUGGAUUUAAAUCUAUUCAUCGUGAACACAAACAAAUAUGCCAAAAUUCUCAUUUAUGAUUGUACACUGAAUAUCUGUGGGUUUUGAACUGUAAGUCAUACAAAACAAGCCAUUUAAAUAUGAAAACCUUGGCUCUGAGAAGUUGUGGUGGACAUUUAUCACAAUUCUCUGAUAUUUUAUUAACUGAGUUAAUUAAUGAAUUGGCAUAUUCAUCAAUAAUGAAAAUAACCAUUUGUUGCAAUAUCACUUUACAGCCUAUGGUUCUUUGGUAUCUGCUGAGGACUGUAUAAUGAGGGCCAAAACUCCAGAAAAGGCGAGCAAGUGAUCUCUGAGUUUAAAUUCUCAAUUCCAAUCUGAAUUGUUAAUAUGAGUUCAUGUUACAAAUUGUCAUAUCAAUGUAAAGAAGUAUUGUUUUUUUGUCCUUUAUCACCCGCUCUUGCCUAGUAAGAGCCACAAUAAUUGCGUGGACAGUGGUAAAAUGACACUACUCAGACAGAUGAUUCAUUGUACUUUUUAUGGCUUCACACUGGUCCAAAGGGCCACCGCCACAGCAGCCCUCUGUAGCAAACACAGCACGGAAAGUUUGUCACGGAUUGUACCGUCAGGUCAGAGAGAGUUAGCAGGGGUCUAUAAUGUUUAAAGUUUCGGUCCGAGGAGAAGUUUUGAUUGUUAAAGGAAAGGGAAGUUGUCACUUUGAGAAAGAGUGGUGGGAGGGGAGAUGGAGCGCAGUGUGCCUGGUUGGAGGAUAAUGUAGAGAAGAAAAUGUGGAAAGAAUAGUGAAAGUCGCUGAGUUGGCUAGUGAGCACAUCUCCAGCCAGAGGUGUGUUGUGGUUGAUUAUUUAGAAAUGAGCCUUAAGAGAGAUUCCACUGUUUGUAGCUUUUCAAAAUCUAUCAGUUUAAGAGAAACUGUUAAUACUAUAUGUAUUGUCUCUUUAAGACAAUAUUGGCCUUAACUUGUUUACAUAAGAAAAUAUUUGUUUCUCUGAAAGAUUAAGAGGGGCUGUGCAGUUUGAUGCCAUUUCAAGAGAUUUAUUCCAAAGCACCAGUUUAUCAUAUAGAAGAGAAACGGCUAAAGCUCAUGGAGUAUAAUUUGUUCACUUUUGCAGCCAAGGGCUUUACGUAAUUUACAAGUGUUUGAAAUAGUAGGAUUUUAUAAAGAUAACAUGUUUUUCAACAGUGCAUGUCUUAUUUAGUAACGACACAUGAUUUCAGCCCAAUCUGUCGACCUUUAAUGUCAUAUUCUAUCCAAGUGAACCUGCAUCAAAACAUCAGAGAGGCUGUCUUUAAUUUGCUGAGGUUUUUUUGAGCCAAUCACAUCAUGAUGAGUGUCUCACAAUCACAUUCAAUGUGUGCUUUUUCUGCCAUGACAAUCCAUCCAGCCCUUCCUACUUCAGGAAUCCUGAUUGUCACUGUAUUUUUUUGCAUAGAAAUAAAAUGCUUUUAUUGGCACUUUACGUAUAA